UAGAAUCUAUUUUUGAUGGAGUGGGGGUGCCACCCAGUCUGCCCCAGAUCACGUUUGCCACUAGCAGCCAACCAGUCGGGCCCAAGUCCGCGGGCAAGAAGCGAUUGGGGCGAGUGAGCUCGGCCCCGCGGUCCCCCGACUGGGUGCCCCCCGCCCGAGCCCGGGGCGGUAUAUUCUGCCCUCCCCGGCCACCUCCCCCUCGUGGAAGCGGUGCGGCGGCCUCGCAGUAACGCAGAGGCGAAAUGUAGCCAGCCGGGUGUCGCGGCUGGACGCUCGCCUUGCCUGGGGGUGUGGGGUGCACGCCGGGGGCCGAGGAGGACUGCCGAGGAGGAGAAGUGAUGAGAAGAGGGGGAACCUUGCACCCCCCGAGACCACGGGUCCCUGCUGCCACUCGCCAGGCGCCCCCCUUCCUCCCAAGCGAGGGGCAGGUGUUCCGCACAGAUUCUUGUGACUUUAAGGACCAGGGAUUUGGGAAGCUACAAGGUCUUCCCAGGAAGGAAGGAAAUCUCUGGAAGAAGGGAGAGAGACAGCAGACACUGCCCUGGGACCAGCAGAGCCCGAGGAGCUGUGGGGAAGAGCCCAGCCGGAGGCCGGGGAAGGAGCUGCAGCCCCAGCCCAAGGCUGCCUUCUGAAAGAUCUGAACUCAAGCUACUUUUCAUGAAAGAAGGCCACCUCAGAGGGCACCCCAGACUUGACUGGGCUCUUCUACUUCUCUGGAUGCCCCCUGCUCAGAGGAGCCUGCGCUGAGAACCAAAGAAGAGGCCAGAGACAUCUCCCCCAAGCCCGGCGCUGGCUGGCUGGGUCAGGCAUCUGCACCCCUAGCGGCCAGCUGCAGAGUCUGGUUAAGACUUUCUUGCUUCCUUCCAGUUCGUGGCUUCAGUGCUUGAUGGGGCUGCCUGUUGGUGGAUCAGUUUUUGCAGCGCCUGGUAGGAGCGGAGAGCCGUGGGAAGAGGUCCCGCGGCAAUCAAGCCUGGGUUCACCCCAAGACUAAGUUUUUUCCCAAGUUAGAAAGGGAGAGAAAGCCAAAAAAGAGAGGAAAGCUCCCCUUUCUCCUCCUCCCUUCCCGUCAUGUCCUCUAAGCCGGAGCCGAAGGACGCCCACCAGCUGAACGGGACUGGCCCUCCUGCUUCACCCUGCUCUUCUGAUGGCCCUGGGAGAGAGCCGUUGGCUGGGACCUCAGAGUUCCUGGGGCCCGAUGAGGCUGGGGUAGAGGUGGUGGUGAUCGAGUCUCGGGCCAACGCCAAGGGGGUUCGGGAGGAGGACGCCCUGCUGGAGAACGGGAGCCAGAGCAAUGAAAGUGACGACGUCAGCACGGACCGUGGCCCCGCACCACCCUCCCCGCUCAAGGAGACCUCCUUCUCCAUCGGGCUGCAAGUGCUGUUCCCCUUCCUCCUGGCAGGCUUUGGGACUGUGGCUGCUGGCAUGGUGCUGGACAUCGUGCAGCACUGGGAAGUCUUCCAGAAGGUGACGGAGGUCUUCAUCCUGGUGCCUGCACUGCUGGGGCUUAAGGGGAACCUGGAAAUGACCCUGGCAUCGAGGCUUUCCACCGCAGCCAACAUCGGGCACAUGGACACACCCAAGGAGCUCUGGCGGAUGAUCACUGGGAACAUGGCCCUCAUCCAGGUGCAGGCCACGGUGGUGGGCUUCCUGGCUUCCAUCGCGGCCGUCGUCUUUGGCUGGAUCCCUGACGGCCACUUCAGUAUCCCGCAUGCCUUCCUGCUCUGUGCCAGCAGCGUGGCCACAGCCUUCAUUGCCUCCCUGGUCCUGGGCAUGAUCAUGAUUGGAGUCAUUAUUGGCUCUCGCAAGAUAGGAAUCAACCCAGACAAUGUGGCCACGCCCAUUGCUGCCAGCCUGGGCGACCUCAUCACCUUGGCACUGCUCUCAGGCAUCAGCUGGGGACUCUACCUGGAGCAGGGUGUCUGGCAAUACAUCUACCCCCUGGUGUGUGCCUUCUUCGUGGCCCUGCUGCCUGUCUGGGUGGUGCUGGCCCGACGGAGCCCAGCCACAAGGGAGGUGUUGUACUCGGGCUGGGAACCUGUCAUAAUUGCCAUGGCCAUCAGCAGUGUGGGAGGCCUCAUCUUGGACAAGACUGUCUCAGACCCCAACUUUGCAGGGAUGGCUGUCUUCACACCUGUGAUUAAUGGUGUUGGGGGCAAUCUGGUGGCCGUGCAGGCCAGCCGCAUCUCCACCUUCCUCCACAUGAACGGGAUGCCAGGGGAGAACUCUGAGCAAGCCCCUCGCCGCUGCCCCAGCCCUUGUACCACCUUCUUCAGUCCCGAUGUGAAUUCUCGCUCGGCCCGGGUCCUCUUUCUCCUCGUGGUUCCAGGACACCUGGUGUUCCUCUACACCAUCAGCUGUAUGCAGGGUGGGCACACCACUCUCACACUCAUCUUCAUCAUCUUCUACAUGACAGCUGCACUGCUGCAGGUGCUGAUUCUCCUGUACAUCGCAGACUGGAUGGUGCACUGGAUGUGGGGCCGGGGCCUGGACCCGGACAACUUCUCCAUCCCGUACUUGACGGCUCUGGGGGACCUGCUUGGCACUGGGCUCCUAGCACUCAGCUUCCACGUUCUCUGGCUCAUUGGGGACCGAGACACGGAUGUGGGGGACUAGCCUGGCCACUCAAGCUCCUCUCCACCCCUCUGCACUUUCUUUCGAAAAUUGGGUUUUGUUCUCCUUCCCCCCCUCCACUCCACACUCCCACCUCUUUCUAGGACUUCACUUUGAUACUGAAUUCUCAUUAUUUUCAAUGGGAAUUUUUAUACAUUGAGCCAAGUUUGUAUAGCAAGAAUUCAGGCAGGACAGAUGGACUGCGAUGAACAGUACAAGUUGAUUUUUGAGACAAUCACCAAGUGCAAUUUCAUGGUGGGUGCCUCCAGGUGAGGGGCUCGGGGCAGGGGUUUCUGUCGGAUCUGGGGCUAUUUGGUGUAGCUUUAGCAAACUCAGUCUGGCCCCUAAUGAGGAAACCCUUUGUGAGUGGGCUCUGGUUUUUUCGGUUUUGUUUUUGUUUUCUUUUUUUCUUUUUGGUUGAACAGAUGGAGAAAUAGCACUCUCCCCUUCCCUCCCCCACAUGCAUACUUCUUCUAGAAAUGGACCAACUUCAGAGCACUAGGCAGGAGACAGCUUGCUCCUUGCCCCAAAUAAUCCUAGCCCUAUUCUCUGCCCUUCUACUUUCAAAAAGAGUGGGGUGGACUAUUUAAUUGUGUACCUGGUUCUCACCCAGUUGCCUGAUAAAUACCACCAACCCCUCCCUUUGAUCUUUUUCCAGCAGAUUGUCUCAUCCAGGAAGAAAUGAGUGGUGGUCUGGUCUCCUUGUUGACCCAUGUCCACCUAUAGGUUUGCCAAGAUCUACAUCCUUCCUCCCUGGGCCCAGAAGACUGAUUCUUUAUCUCUGUUCAACCUGCAUCUCUAAUUGUCUCUAAGCACUACCUUCCCCAGAGCUUGCUAGGUUGGGUUCCGAGAUUAGGGAUGGAGAAUGGGCAUGUGGAGAAUGGUUGGGAGGGUGAGGGCAACCAGGGGUGUUUCACUGCUGCUGUUUCUCCUGAGGACAUAUCACGUGGUCAUCUUCGACUCUGGCAUUUCCGAAAAUCACUCAUUCUUCCAUGCCAGGGAGGGCAGUUCUCCUCUCUCUUGACUUCUGCCCAUGUUCAUCAUUCAUUCAUUCACUCAUUCAACAAACACAGCCUCCCCAGUAGGAGUUCUCCUGCAGGCAUGGUCUGAAGCUUACUGAGCACUGUUUAUUGAGUGCCUACUGUGUGUUAGUUACUGUGCCAGGCACUGACUAGCCAGGGGUAAGGGAAACACAGUUCUAACCUCGCCUCAGUCCCCAGAUACGAAGGCCGUGUGCCCUUUUCAAUCUGGCGGAGAAAGUUUCCUCCCCGUAAGUAUUUCUAUCUUUAUCAUCAAACCAGAUUCUGCCCUUAGAUUUCCCUCCCAGAUCCCACCUCCAUACAACGCUGACCACAGCUAGAGCCCUUGCCCCAUUGCCCAGCCAUGGUUGGAAACUACCCUUCCUCACCUUCCCUUCCCUCCACCUCUCCUCACCAGCCACCCAAAAGAGGACUCAGAACUAGGGGGCUGGCACCAACCAGCUACUUUUACUUUUCUCUGCCCAGCACCAGAGUGGAAGAACACUGGAACCUCUGCACCUUCCCUGUGACCCUUACUGUGAACAGAUCCACAUUCACGUGUGUGCACAUCUGGGCAUGAGGAUGCAGGUCUUUUCUAGCCUCUCUAUCCACAGCCUCCCCUCUGUAGCAUCCCCAGGGGAAGACUAGACAGUGACCCUGUCUCUUACCAACACCACGCUUCAUCCCAGGAACUUGCCCUGUACCUCCAGACACUCUUUCCUCUCCCUCCAUUUCUACCCAGGCCGCCUCCGGCAUCUAGAACCUUAGAAUCGGAACCAUAGAGGUUACCUCAUGGGGGUUGUGUCCAGCAGAGCUAAUUAACACCAGCCUGGGCUUGCUUCUGCUCUUCCUCGGGCUUUUUUUCAUCUUCUCCUCCACCUCCAAACACAUUUGCACACAGACGCUUUCUUGUACAGACACACGAACCAACUCCUCUGCCUCCAAGGCUGUGCCCCUGUGAUCAGCAGUCACUCCUGCCCCAGUCACUCACCCCUCCCUCAUCCCUGGAGUUGGGCCAGGCUGCCCUGGAGGUGUCCUCCUUUAUGGAAAAUGCAGGCAGGUAGGCGUGCCCCAUGCCCUGAGUCUGCGUGCGUGCAGAGGGAGGACUGCGGGGUGAGAGGGAAAGAAAAGGAACCUCACGACUUCAUGACGCUCACAGAAGAUGGGUUUCUCUUCCCCUGAUUGCACAAACUGCAUGUACUUUUGGCCGGGCUGUGAGGAGCGACAUUGGUUUAUAUCCUUUACAAAGUUACAGAACUGUGUCUUAAGAGAAUUAUUUAUAGUGACUAUAACUGAAUUGACAAAUGUCAACGUAACUGAUAAAUUAUAUUUGGUAAAAUAAAGAGGACGUUUAUUUAG